CAUGUCACGCUGGACUCGACGUCACCCGGAAGAGAGCAGCGGUCUGUGUGUGUGUGAGGAUUGUUUACAUUUUGUUCAGCUCGUUAAAAUGAAUCCUGCGAUGAUCAACUCCACCAGCUCCGUUUCCACGACCAAAAGAAAACGAGAAGCUGAGCGCUCGGUUAAUUGGACGGUGGAGGAGACUCAGGUGCUGCUUUGCGCCUGGAGCGACGAGCGCAUCCAGAAGAGUUUGGCAGAAAACCUUCGCAACCGGCAUGUCUUCAAACACCUCUCAGCCCGCAUGAGUGAAAUGGGUUUCUCUCGGAGUCCACACCAGUGUCGGCUUCGGGUCAAAACUCUGAAGGCCAACUAUGUGAGAGCCAAACUACAGAGGAGCGUUGACAGCUCGCAGCCUUGCACUUUUAAAUAUUUUGCAGAGAUGGAUGCUGUGUUGGGCCGGAGGUCAGCGGGAGGGGAAGGAGGGCCAUAUUUUGUUUCUCCGGAACGGAUGGCAGAGCAUCACCUUGACUCUAUUGACAGGACAGGAAGUAUCCCGGCAGAUUUAAAUUCUAAUACAGAGAUUAGUGGACACCAUUUUGGCUCUUUGGGGAGGACAGGGAGACAACGUUUGAGCUCUUUGGAGGAGAGAGGAGGUUGUCAGUCAUGGCAGCUCGACUCUGAAGUCAAGCUGGAGGACAGAGAAGAUUCAACGGAUGAGUUUGAGUUCAGUAAUACGGGAUUCCCUCAGCGACACCAUGAAGUUUAUCUGGAAUCAUCCAUCCAUCGUGAAAUGACGGGUACACUAGUGGAAAACGGCAUGAGCACACCUUCCCCACAUGUAGUCCCACCUCCACCUCCAGCUGCUCCACCUUCUCCUCCUCCCCCUCUCACCCAAUCCACUGCCUCUCCUCUCACUGCACACCCUGAUCCAUGCCUUAACACCCCCCCUACCUCUGGCAAUCAUCACCCCGAGUCCUCCUGCCUCAAGCACCUGUCGGACUGCUUCCAGCGGCUGGUGUCGGAGACCCGGGGCCUGCUGGUGCAGCUGGAGAGCCAGCGGCAGGAGCAGGCUCACUGGCAUCAGGACCUCCUGUCGCAGUGGCUGCAGAGGGAGGAGCGCCGGCAGAGGGAGACGGCCGAGAGGGAGGAGAGGAGGGAGAAAGCUCGCAUGGAGCAUGAGAUCAGAGUCCUGGAGCUCCUCACCAGUCUAGCCAGAGAACAACGGUGUAAAUGUGAAAGCAGCCAGACUGUAGCAGAGGCACCAACUGGUCCAAAUCAUACCAUCAACAAAGGCGGGAAUUAGGAUGCACUCACCCUCAAGGAUUUUUAACCCAAAGUGUGGAAUGAUAUUCAAGCUCAGGUGGAACCAAAUAACGGCACUGAUUAUGUAGAAACAGUCCCACUCAGGGCGGCUUGGAUUAGGCCUUAACCCUGGGUGAUAUGAAGUGAAAUUUGAACUGAACCAAAUUCAGGAAAAGACCCUCAAAAUCUGUGAGUAUAAGAAGAUGAUUGACCAGCGGUCAGAAAGCUUAGAAGAAGAAACAGUUAAAGUUUGAAGGAGAAUUUGUUCUUCUCUUUGCCACAACAUCUUUGGAAGGGUUUCUUAGGUGUCACUUGAUUGCAACAAAUGUAAUGAAAUGUUUCAUGCACUUUUAUAUAAAUUAAAAAAACAGAUAUUUUCAACCAUU